CCGGCCCCGCCCCCCGAGAGCCCAAGCCUGUCGGCUUCUGCAUCCAAGGCCGCCUCCGCACUGUCCUCCUCGCCGCCAUGCCGCUCUACGAGGGCCUGGGGAGCGGCGGGGAGAAAACGGCCGUCGUGAUCGACCUGGGAGAGGCCUUUACCAAGUGUGGAUUUGCUGGAGAAACUGGUCCAAGAUGUAUAAUUCCUAGUGUGAUAAAAAGAGCUGGCAUGCCUAAGCCUAUCAAAGUUGUUCAGUAUAAUAUCAAUACAGAAGAAUUGUAUUCCUACCUGAAGGAAUUCAUCCACAUACUGUAUUUCAGGCAUCUUUUGGUGAAUCCCAGAGACCGCCGAGUUGUGGUUAUCGAGUCGGUAUUAUGUCCUUCCCACUUCAGAGAGACACUCACUCGUGUUCUUUUCAAAUAUUUUGAGGUUCCAUCUGUCUUGCUUGCUCCAAGUCAUCUAAUGGCUCUUCUGACGCUUGGGAUUAACUCUGCCAUGGUCCUGGAUUGUGGAUAUAGGGAGAGUCUGGUGUUACCUAUAUAUGAAGGAAUCCCAGUACUAAAUUGUUGGGGAGCUCUCCCCCUUGGAGGAAAAACUCUUCACAAGGAGUUGGAAACUCAACUUUUGGAACAAUGUACUGUUGACACAAGUGCUGCUAAAGAACAGAGCCUUCCCUCAGUGAUGGGUUCAGUUCCAGAAGGUAUCUUAGAGGACAUUAAAGUGCGCACUUGCUUUGUAAGCGACCUGAAGCGAGGACUGGAAAUCCAAGCAGCAAAAUUUAAUAUUGAUGGUAAUACUGAGCGUCCCUUACCACCCCCAAAUGUUGACUAUCCAUUAGAUGGAGAGAAGAUUUUACAUGUCCUUGGAUCAAUCAGAGAUUCAGUUGUGGAAAUUCUUUUUGAACAAGAUAAUGAAGAGAAAUCAGUUGCCACUUUGAUAUUGGAUUCCCUUAUGCAGUGCCCAAUAGACACCAGGAAGCAACUAGCAGAGAAUUUGGUAGUCAUAGGUGGCACAUCUAUGUUACCAGGAUUUCUCCAUAGAUUGCUUGCAGAAAUAAGGUAUUUGGUAGAAAAACCAAAAUAUAAAAAAAUACUUGGCACCAAGACAUUCCGAAUUCACACUCCACCUGCAAAGGCUAAUUGUGUGGCCUGGUUGGGAGGGGCUAUUUUUGGAGCAUUGCAAGAUAUACUUGGGAGCCGUUCAGUCUCAAAGGAAUAUUAUAAUCAGACGGGUCGUAUACCUGAUUGGUGUUCUCUCAAUAACCCACCUUUGGAAAUGAUGUUCGAUGUCGGGAAAGCUCAACCGCCUCUGAUGAAGAGAGCAUUUUCCACUGAGAAAUAAAAGUUUGAUUAAAAUUCAAUUUUACUUCCUUUUAAAUAUUUAAUUAAUUACAAGCAAAUUGUACAAAGUAUGUAGGAUGCUUUGUUAUAGAUGACGUUAGGGAAGUGAAAGGAUUUCUGUAUUUACUCAUUGUGUUGAUACUUAAUUCUUUUGACUUGUUUCUCUUGUGUAGUGGUAAAAUGGUAGCUGAUGUUUAUGAAAUUUGUUGUAUUUAUAUCAAUAAAAUAUAGUAAAGCAGCUUAAUUUUGGAGAUUUGUUAUAUGGUCCAUUUUUCAAAAAGAAUAAUAACAUUGUUCCUCCACGUUUAACAUACUCUGUCCUGGUCUUUGGAGACGCCAUUAAAUUUACUAUUUUCAGCAGUUAUUUCAUUUAAAUAAUAAAUAUGUUAAUCAUUACCAGCUAUUUCAAAUAUUAACAUGGGUCUGUUCUUAAAAAUCCUUUGUUUUGGCACUUAUAUGUACAUAUUAUAAUAAUGCUGCUUUUCCAGAAAUAUAUUUGAUCCUUUGAACUGAGAAUG